GAGAUAAGAGAGAUAUAACUUCUUCUACACUCUGUGUUGUGUUGCAACUUAUUAUAUAUAUAUAUAUAUAUAUAUAUGGAUAAAACAGAGGGUUUUCUUCAAGUCUGAGCCUUUUUAUAGGCUUUUCUUUUCAUUAGAACUAUUUCAGCUUUGGGUUUUGUAUUGUCGUACGCUCAUAUGGCUGGAAUUGGACCCAAAUGGGGCAACACGAUGAGGUUGAUUGGAAUUGCUUUGGUUGGUUUUCUUUUGGUAUUUUCAGUCCUUGUUUCCGCACAAGAAACUUCUCAACAAAAAACCUCAAGCGAAAAGAAUUCCUCGCAAUCCGUGGAUCGAUCAGGAUAUAAACAUGUUUGGCCAGAGAUGAAAUUUGGGUGGAGAAUUAUAGUCGGAGGGAUAAUUGGAUUCCUUGGAGCAGCAUUUGGGAGUGUUGGAGGAGUUGGUGGCGGCGGGAUUUUUGUGCCAAUGCUCACUCUCGUUAUGGGAUUUGAUGAGAAAUCAUCAACAGCUAUAUCAAAGUGUAUGGUUGCGGCUGGUGCAGCGUCGACGGUUUUCUACAACUUGAGGCAAAGGCACCCAACACUUGAUUUGCCCAUCAUAGAUUAUGACUUGACACUCCUGUUUCAACCCAUGUUGAUGCUUGGAAUCAGUCUUGGAGUCGCUUGUAACGUGAUUUUUGCAGACUGGAUGAUCAUACUCUUGAUGAUUAUUGUCUUCCUCGCCACAUCGACAAAGUCGUUUUUGAAAGGCAUUCAAACCUGGAAAAAGGAAACAAUAGUGAAAAAGGAGGCUGCCUUACGCUUGCAAGCCAAUGGUAACAAUAACGAAGCGGUUGAAUAUAACAAUAAUCAUACAGUAAAUCAAAACAAGGAUUGUAAGAGAAAAGAGAAUUACACCACAAAGUGUUCAGUCCUAUAUUGGCUACUAAACUUCUUGCAGAUUCCGGUGACCGUCGGAGUAACCGCUUACGAAGCGGUUGGCCUGUACAAAGGACGGAAAGUGAUAGCAUCCAAAGGAGUAGUGGCCACGGUGUGGAGUGUGCGCAGGCUACUUAUUUGUUGUGCCUUUGGAAUGCUAGCGGGAAUGGUUGGUGGAUUGCUUGGCCUUGGUGGGGGAUUCAUAAUGGGACCUCUUUUUCUUGAGCUAGGAGUCCCUCCUCAGGUUUCAAGUGCCACGGCAACCCUUGUUAUGGUAUUUUCUUCAUCCAAUGCGGUCGUAGAAUAUUAUCUCCUAAAACGAUUUCCAGUUCCUUAUGCUGUCUACUUUGCUGGUGUGGCCGCCUUUUCUGCUAUUGUGGGGCAACGUGUGGUAGGAAAAGUGAUUAGUUUAAUUGGAAGAGCAUCUUUGAUAAUCUUCAUUUUGUCCUCAAUGAUCUUCGUCAGUGCAAUAACGCUAGGUGGGGUAGGCAUAGCAAACGCGGUUGAAAAGAUUCACAACCACGAAUACAUGGGAUUUGAAAAUAUAUGCAAAUCCUAAUAUUGUGCUUAACGUCUAAUUCUCAGAGCUUUCCGAUCUCCUCUCAGUCAAAUAUACAUUGUUUAGCUAGUCCUCGUAAAAAUGGAC